UGGAGCUGAACCACACGCUCUGUGAAGCUAGGAGUUUAGAGUUUGGUGCGCGCAUCUUAGCAUAAAAGGAGCCGUGGCGGAAACCACCGUUAAACGCCGGAGAUACGAUCGUAUUCCUCCAUAUUCUUCGAAUUAAAGAAGACUGUGUCCGACCCAAAUAUCAGUGUCUGACACCGCGUCAUAGGCGCUUCCGACGGGUGUCCGUGUCCGGUGCGCUUCCGACGCGGGGAAGCGCGGCUCCAACACCGUGCGGGAUCGGAGAUGAAAGUGAAGAUCUUGCAUUACCAUGUUUGAAUAGUUAAGGUUAGAGAAGAUGAAAAGUAAGGAGGGAUUGAAAAUAAUUUUAAGGAGGAAAAAAGUUGCGGUAUGGCACGGUAUUGUUUCGUGGACUUGGGAUGCUCAAGAUGAAACGUGUGGGAUCUGUAGAAUGGCCUUUGAUGGAUGUUGUCCAGACUGUAAACUUCCAGGGGAUGACUGUCCUCUGAUUUGGGGUGUAUGCAAUCAUGCGUUUCAUUUGCAUUGUAUCCUGAAAUGGGUUAAUUCUCAAACAUCACAAGCGCAUUGCCCCAUGUGCCGUCGUGAAUGGCAGUUUAAAGGAUAAGAACAUUGGCUUUUUCCCUUAAGGGUGACUACUGAACAUUGUAAAUGUGAUCUUGUUAAUUUGAAUAUACUUCUUCAAUUUUACCAUGCAUAUAAAUGUACUGGGUUGUGAUUAGUGUUGUAUUGUGCCUCUCCAUGGGUUGAAGGGUUCUUAUUUAUAUUUAGUUAUUCCUUUUUAUCAUGAUUA